AUGGCUCGCAGUGCGACCAACCUGGAAAAGAUGGCCUCCAUUGACGCUCACCUGAGGCUCCUGGUUCCGGGGAAGGUCUCCGAGGACGACAAGCUCGUCGAAUAUGAUGCCCUCCUUCUGGAUCGGUUCCUCGACAUCCUCCAGGACCUCCAUGGCGAAGAUCUCAGAGAAACGGUGCGUCUCGGUCCUCCCGAUCCUCUCUCCCCCGUUUCUCUCUCUCUGAAGAACACUGUGAUUGAUCUGGGUUUAUCCGUCUCCGGGUGUAUCAUCCUUGUGAUAAAUAAAUCUCGAACUGGGAUCUGUGAAUCUGCAGGUUCAGGAAUGCUACGAGCUCUCUGCAGAGUAUGAGACGAAGACCGACCCGCAGAAGCUCGAGGAGCUCGGAAGCGUCCUCACGAGCUUGGACCCGGGGGAUUCCAUUGUCGUCGCGAGCUCCUUCUCUCACAUGCUCAACCUGGCCAACUUGGCCGAGGAGGUCCAGAUUGCUUACCGGAGGCGCAUCAAGCUGAAGAAGGGGGACUUCGCUGAUGAAAACUCCGCCAUCACCGAAUCAGACAUCGAGGAGACGCUGAAGAGGCUCGUGGGACAGCUGAAGAAGUCCCCCCAGGAGGUCUUCGACGCCCUCAAGAACCAGACCGUGGAUCUGGUUCUGACUGCUCAUCCCACCCAAUCCGUCCGGAGAUCACUGCUUCAGAAGCAUGCGAGGUGCUGCUGCAAUCACCUUUCAUCAGAUCAUCAGAUCGUCAUCGAUGAAAUUCGUUCGUGUGAACUAACGAUUCAGCCUUUUUUCCAGGAUUCGGAACUGUCUGGCACAGCUAUAUGCUAAAGACAUCACUCCUGAUGACAAGCACGAGCUUGACGAAGCCCUUCAGAGGGAGGUAAUCCAUCGAUGAUCUCUCGUUGAGCAUAUUCGUAUGUAAUCAUCCCUCGUUCUUGAUUUUCUGAGCCUCGCGAUGUCUGAUUUUUUCCUUUGUUUGGUCGUCUUCCCCGCAGAUCCAAGCAGCUUUCCGGACCGAUGAGAUCAGGAGAAGCCCGCCAACUCCGCAGGACGAAAUGCGGGCGGGGAUGAGUUAUUUCCACGAAACAAUUUGGAAGGGCGUCCCGAGAUUCUUGCGCAGGGUCGACACAGCCUUGAAGAACAUCGGAAUCAACGAGCGCGUGCCCUACAACGCGCCUCUCAUUCAGUUCUCGUCCUGGAUGGGCGGGGACCGUGAUGGUAUAUUCCUACUUCCUUCGCGGUUAUUGCGAUUCUGCGUCCUUCAGAUCAUGAUCUCGAUGUUCAUAUCUACCUGCUGGCGAUGGAUUGAGAUCUUCAGGAAACGUAUGAUCUCUGCCGUUCUGAAUGCAGGAAAUCCCAGAGUAACUCCGGAGGUGACGAGGGAUGUUUGCCUGCUGGCGAGGAUGAUGGCCGCGAACCUGUACUACUCGCAGAUCGAGGAUCUCAUGUUCGAGGUAUCGAGAUCAGGGAGGGGGGGAGCUUUGGGUUCUGAGUCGUUCUGUAAUCAAUUCCGACCAUUGAUUCAUGGCUGUUUCAUCGCAGCUGUCGAUGUGGCGUUGCAGUGAUGAGCUCAGAGUUCGCGCGGAGGAGCUCCAUCGCUCCUCAAAGAAAGAUGCGAAGCAUUUCAUAGGUAUUUUCCGAUUCAAAUCUUGGACGCGUAUUCAUAGGCCCGAUCUUUCCCAUCGUUCUUCGACGAUCUAUCUUCGUGUUCGUGCAGAGUUCUGGAAGAAAAUCCCGCCAAACGAGCCGUAUCGCGUGAUCCUCGGUGAUGUGAGGGAUAAACUGUACAACAUGCGGGAGCACGCACGCCAGAUUCUGUCGAACGGCAUCUCCGACGUCCCUGACGAGGCAACCUUCACCAAUGUCGAGCAGGUACUCGCUCCCGAUUCCACUGUCCUGUUAUUGCAGAAAGAAGACUCUUAACCGGAGAAUUUAGGGCAGACGAAUUGCCAGACUGAUCGAUCCGACCCGAUGAGCUUCGAUCCCCUGUUCCUAACGAGCAAUCUCAUCUGAAUCUUCCGCAGUUCCUGGAGCCGCUCGAGCUCUGCUACAGAUCGCUCUGCGCCUGCGGCGAUCGUCCGAUCGCCGACGGCAGUCUCCUCGACUUCCUCCGCCAGGUAUCAACCUUCGGCCUUUCUCUGGUCAGGCUGGACAUCCGGCAAGAAUCCGAUCGCCACACCGACGUGAUGGACGCCAUCACCAACCACCUGGGGAUCGGAUCUUACCGCGACUGGCCGGAGGAGAAGCGGCAGGAAUGGCUGCUAUCGGAGCUCCGCGGGAAGCGGCCGCUAUUCGGCCCUGACCUCCCAAAGACCGACGAGAUCGCCGACGUGCUGGAAACCCUAAACGUCAUCGCUGAGCUCCCUCCCGACAAUUUCGGCGCUUAUAUCAUCUCCAUGGCGACCGCCCCGUCCGACGUGCUCGCUGUGGAGCUCUUGCAGAGGGAGUGCCGCGUGAAGAAGCCCCUGCGAGUGGUCCCGCUUUUCGAAAAGCUCGCAGAUCUCGAGGGUGCCCCCGCCGCCGUCGCCCGCCUCUUCUCCAUCGACUGGUACAAGAACAGGAUCGACGGCAAGCAGGAGGUGAUGAUCGGCUACUCCGACUCCGGCAAGGACGCUGGCAGGUUAUCGGCGGCGUGGCAGCUCUACAAGGCGCAAGAGGAGCUCGUGAAGGUGGCCAAGGAAUUUGGGGUGAAGCUGACCAUGUUCCAUGGCCGAGGAGGAACUGUGGGCAGGGGCGGCGGCCCUACUCAUCUCGCCAUCCUCUCCCAGCCACCCGACACAGUCCAUGGCUCCCUCAGAGUGACUGUCCAGGGGGAGGUCAUCGAGCAGUCCUUCGGCGAGGAGCAUCUCUGCUUCAGAACCCUGCAACGUUUCACCGCCGCCACCCUCGAGCACGGGAUGCACCCCCCCGUCUCUCCCAAGCCCGAAUGGCGCGCCCUCAUGGACGAGAUGGCCGUAGUCGCCACAGAUGAGUACCGCUCCAUCGUCUUCCAGGAACCCAGAUUCGUCGAAUACUUCCGCCUGGUUUGUACUGUGCUCUUCUGCCUCUUCUUCUUCUUCUUCUUCUUCUUCCUCUUCGUUGCUAAGAAUGGAGCUCUGAAACUGAAGGCUACGCCGGAGCUGGAGUACGGGAGGAUGAACAUCGGGAGCCGGCCGUCGAAGAGGAAGCCCAGCGGGGGGAUCGAAUCCCUGCGAGCAAUCCCGUGGAUCUUCGCGUGGACGCAGACGAGGUUCCAUCUUCCUGUGUGGCUCGGCUUCGGGGCGGCGUUCAAGCAUGUCCUGGAGAAAGACGUCAACAAUCUCCAUAUCCUCCGAGAGAUGUACAACGAAUGGCCCUUCUUCAGGGUCACCAUCGAUCUCGUGGAGAUGGUCUUCGCCAAGGGCGACCCGGGUAUCGCCGCCCUGUACGACAGGCUCCUGGUCUCCGACGAUCUCUGGUCCUUCGGGGAGCGCCUGAGGGCCAACUACAACGAGACGAAGCAUCUUCUUCUCCAGGUGGACGAAACCCUAAUUCCCUCCCCCCCCUUCUUCCUCCUCUUCCAUGCGAUUCCACUACUGUAGCUUACAAUGGAGGGAGGAUGUUGCAGGUGGCUGGGCACAAGAACUUGCUGGAGGGGGAUCCCUACCUGAAGCAGAGGCUGCGGUUGAGGGAUUCCUACAUCACGACGCUCAAUGUCUGCCAGGCCUGCACGCUGAAGCGGAUCAGAGACCCCGAUUUCCAUGUCAAGGUGAGGCCUCAUCUGUCGAAGGAGAUCACCGAGUCCGGCAAGUCGGCGGCGGAGCUGGUGAAGCUGAACCCUACCAGCGAGUACGCCCCCGGCCUGGAAGACACCCUCAUCCUCACCAUGAAGGGCAUCGCCGCCGGCAUGCAGAACACCGGCUGA